UGUCCAGAGAAGUAGCAUGUUUUUGUUUUUCGUCUGCCCACAGACUAAAUUUAGAAUGCUGGCUCCAUGAUCAGCCAGCAUCUCUCCCGGCCUCUACUUCGCACCGGUGCUAUUUCGACAUCCCCCUCCCUUGCUCUCCAUCCUCCCCGCAGUGCCCACACGCACCUUGGCGUACAAUUGAGCUCCGUCUGGGCAUAAUUCAAUCACACCGUCUCCAGUUUCAUCUUUAAUUUUUCCUCAAGCACAACCUAGGUUCCCUCGGCGUGUGAGCUCUAUAUUACGUGUGUGAAAGUUGGAGGCUGACCUCUCUGCAGGGCGAGAUUCCAGCUGAGGGCGUUUUUUUAAAACACCAGUUCCACCCUGCUUCCCAAACACGCCCUCUCUUCUUUCCGCAUCCUGUAUUUUUCUCACUACCUCACCCACGCCUUGUAUCUGUUUAAUGGUCGCUACGGCCCGCCCUCGAGCUCUAUCUGCGUCGCUGUGGAGAGCGCAGCAGGCGCCACAUGGGGGACAAUCGUCGGGCGACCCGGCGAAUCUCACCAGUCAGAACCAGCGGCCGAGCCUGCCCACACCCACAUUAACACCUGGCGGCAUUGAUCUGGCCCGCCCAUUCACCAUAGCUGCCGAGACGCAGCAAAACACCGAGGCACAUGCCAGCCCCGUGGAUCAGCAACCUUGCUUGCCACCGGAUCCUACAAAGAUUAUCGACCUUGCCUACGUCGACCUGAACGGUGAGGAGCACUGCUGCUCAAUCUGCUGUGACGUCCUCAUCAACCCGUGUGUUCUGCGCGCCUGCAGUCACACAUUCUGCCAAAUGUGCAUCCGCAAGGCAGUCUCCGUCCACCCGUCCUGCCCACUCUGCCGUGCGCCUGCGACGACCCGCGACCUGCUGCCAGCACCGCCCGAGCUGCUGAAUGCCCUGGACAACCUUGUGUGCAAGUGCAUCGAGAGCAGGUGUCCAUGGACAGGCACACGCAGACAGUUUGUGGGCCAUCUGAGAAACGAGUGCGAGUUUUGGCCUGUUGCCUGCGCAUCCCACCCGCUGCACGAGGGGUGCUCAGAGGUGGUUCCGCGUAGUGAGCUGGCAGCACAUCGCGCGUACUGCUCGUACCGCCAGAUCCCGUGCCGCAUGGGCUGUCCGUGGCACAUUCUACAACUCGUCAUCUAUGGAAACACACUGCCGCGAGAGCUGCCCACUGCGCCCCACCGACUGCCCAAAUUGCAAAGGUGCCAGUGUUGGCACACCAGCUGGCUGCGCACCGCAGCAUCUGCGCAUUGGAGCGGAUUCCGUGCCCGAACCGCAAUCUGCUCAAUGCAGUGCCGAAUUCAGGAUGCAAUGCUGUCAUCGAGAGACGCAACUUGGAAUUGCAUUUGUGCGAGUGCCCGGCAGCGCCCCUGCGCGGGUUCUCGAAGGCACUGGAGCGCUAUCUGGAGACCCUAGAAAGGAAAAUCGAGACCAUGCAGGUGAAUCAUCGGCGGGACUUGGAGAAAAUGUCCAGGCUCGUGCUGUCCGGGCAGGGCGAGGAUGCGAUUUCUGCCGAUCAGCUGCAGAGCAUGGUGCGGUUCAAUCCGGCGAUCAGGAGCAUCCACGCAAUAUACUACGAGCCUGGGCCGAACUGGCAGGGGCUGCUGGAGGGGCUGCUGGCCAGCAGCCAUGCAAACAUGGCC